AUGGAUGCAGACGAAUGGAUGUCAAGUUAUGCCUCAUUACAUGAAUCAUGCCAAAAUAUAUCAAGUGGUCAAGUUGCCAUAAGUCCAGAUGGUCAACGGAUUGUCACUUUUGAUCCUAUUACUUCACAAGUAAAUAUUUAUGAUAUAGAAGAUUUACAAACCUCAAUAAAGUCUUUUGAAGUCGAAGAAGAUUACUUUAUUCGUGAUAACAAUCAUUCAAUAAAUUGGUCACUUGCUAUUUCCGAUCCUAUUUAUAGUGACAUUAACAAUAAUGGUAUAAACAAUGAUCGAUUAAUUGCUGUAUCAAAAUUUGGACCUAAUGACAUGAUUCCAUUGAAUAAAAAGGAGAAAUAUAUACCAGAUCAUAAACAGGACAUUGAGAAAGGAAAAUUUGAGGGUAAAACCUGGAUUAUUUCUCUUAAAUCACAAACAACAAUUAGGCAUUCUAUCGGAAAAAUUGGAGGAGUUGUUAGAUUCCUUGAUAAUAAACAUUACACUCUUUACGAAGACAGCACAACAAACAAUUUUAAUGACAAUGGUAUAACAAUUGUGAUAGUAAAUGCAACAGGGUUAUUUAAAACAAUAUUAAAUUAUUCAGAUAUUAUAAAAGUUCAAAGGGAUUCAUGUUGGUAUAACUUAUUUCAUAGUAAUACUCGCAUAGAAGAAUUUUACCUUCCUAAACAUUUAUCAAGUGAUUUAAGUCGUUUAGAUAAAAGUGAAGCUUGUUGUAAUCUACUACACUCUAGCACAAUCAAAAAUAAUUUAUUUGUUUAUUCUUACAAAAAUAAACAUCAAAUUAUUGAAAUGUACUCACUAAAAACCGGUGAUAUGGAAAUGAUAUUCAAAAAGCGUGAAUUAUCCCAUGCUCGAACUCCAAAAGGUCGAAUUAUUUAUGCAAUUUCACAAAGUGAAGCAUUUCUUGCUUUUUGUAAUGGAACAAAUGCGAUUACAAUUUAUUUAAUGGAAAAUGGAUUAGAAAUUAUUACAAAGAGAUUACUGGAAACUUCUGUAAUGCAACGGAUUUUAUCAAUUAAUUUCAUUGAAAAUGAUAGUAAAUUAUUUAUAACAUAUGAAGAAUUAUGUAAUAGUACUAUUAACGAAACAAAAAUUGUCAAAUCAUUUAUUAUUUGGGAUUUGUUCACUACUUCAUGUAAUGCUAUUAGAAAGGUAGAAUUUACUAGUGAUUUAAUGUCACAAUUAGAUAUUGAUCCAAUUUACCGUUUAUUAAAUUUUAAUGGUACAAUCUUGGGGGCAAAAAAUGAUAAAAAUUUCUUUUGGAUAUUACAACAUCCUGAGGUCAGAAAAAAGUUGUAUCCGAUUUCCGAAGAUCUAAAAACAAUUAAUCUUGUAGAUCGUAAGAAUGAACAUAUUUCUUAUAAUAUUGUAUAUGAUACAAAUGGUGAUAAAAUUGAUACAGACCUUGAAAAUUACAAAGUUAUAAUUAAAAAUAUCGAACCAUGGCAUAACAAUAAAUAUUAUCCACGAACAUCUGUAUAUUUGGAUAAAGCAGGUCAUAUUCAACUUAUCAUCGGACCUGAUACUAUACAAGUUUGGCGCCUUAAACCUACUUCAACAAACAAAUGGAAUCGUUCCCUUGAAUAUGCUUGGGUAGAUGAAAAGAUUGGUCUAUCAAUUGAGAAAUUAAAAGUUAAAUCUCGUGAAUUUUUGUUAGAUUUAACUACAGAGCAAGGUAUUUACAGAAUUUGCUGGCCGUAUAAUGUGAACGUUCUGGAAAGUGCUUGUAGAUUUCUAAGCUUCAUUAUUGACAAGAAACAUGAGAUUAAGGGUAAUAGUAACUUAAAUAGAUAUCAAGAAUUAAUAGAAUCGACUCAACGCCUAAUUUAUCGAUUCAUAAAGCAACAUGGGAUUUGGAGGCUUACUGAUAUUCGUUAUGAAAUAAUGAUUGAUCUCAUAAAAGCUCAACAAUAUUCCCUGAUUAAAUUAAUAUUGAACGAAAAUAUUGAUGGAAAGAAUUGUAAAUUACAUUUGCCUAGACGAUAUAAAGGGAAUAUGAAACCGAAAAAGACAACGGAUUUGGAAUUUGCAAUCCCUGAUCCCAUGCGCAGGAAUAAAAAUUCUGCAAUUGCGAUUGUCGGUUAUUUAUUGGAGUAUUACGUGGACAACGCAUAUUAUGAUAUGAAUUCUGGAUGGUUAUUUACUGUUACUAAGGCUAUUCCUUUAUUGUACGAUAAUAAAUUGAAUGGAUUUGUUCAAAAUUUAUUCAAGAAACCAUGUUUUGGAGCAUUGGAAGCUGACACAAGUUCAUUAAAUAUGACCCAGUAUGGACGAACAACAGUAAGCCAGAAUGAUCAAUUAGAUGUCAAACCAUUAGAUUUUAAACCACAGCUCGUUCGAAAACCAAAAAGUUCUCUUUGGACUCAUUUCAAAGAAAAAAUCUUUUCAAAAUGGAAUACUACGGUAAAUUCUAUGAUACCUAACAAUUCAACGAUUCAAAAUCUAAAUGAUAAAAAAGUGUAUAUGGUUCCUCUGCCCGAUUUUACGGUUUAUCCAUCAAAUGUUAAUAAUCAUUCACAAGGAUUUAUCACAACCUUAUGGAAAUUUAUAAAGAUCAUGAUUUACCCAAGAAGCCGUAUAAUCACACAAAAGGAUUAUUCACCUUUCUUACGUGUAAUUGAUAAUGAAGAUGACACAAAAGUGUAUAAUUGUCCAUCAAUAAUCGCGGCAACAAGUUUUAAAUGGAUAAAUGCAAGAAAAUAUUUUCUUAGAUAUUUCGUGAUGUAUCUUGUCUUUGUAAUCUCAUUUGGAGUUAGUGCUAUAGACUAUACCACUCACACGAUAGCAAAUAGCACAGUAUUUAUAUCACAUAAGGACACAAUUUUGAUUAUUGCCGAUGUAAUUUCUCUUUAUAUUGGUUAUUACCUAUUUAUGUCAGAAAUGAAACAAUUAAAGAGAGAAACGUUCGGUAGAUAUGCAAACAUUUAUAAUUUCUUUGAUUUGGUCUCAGUUAUACUGCCAAUUAGUAUUGUUAUUUUGAGAAUAUUGAAAUACAACGACAAAGCAAUGAUUCAAGACGGCACGUUUCAGAUUGCUACAGCUUUUACUAUGCUGAUAAUGUACUUUCAAUUGUUAUUAUUAUUAAGAUACUUUAAAGCACCUGGACAUUAUAUUUAUAUCAUCACUAAUAUUUUGAAUAAAAUCUGGCCAUUCUUUGCAUUCAUGUUAAUAGUGAUCUUUGGAUUUGGUCAUGCUAUGUAUAUCUUAUUAGGCAACCCAACAGUUGAUCCUGUAAAAUCACAAUUUUCAGUUGACUCCUAUUUAAUUAAAAAUGCUACAAAUACAUCCCAAAUUCUUCAGCCCGAUAUUGUGAUUCAACAUGAUGUAGAUCCAACAUCACCUUCUUCCAAUUCUUUUUCAACCUUUAUUACAUCGGUUGAAGCAGUAUUCUUUUGGACUAAUGGAAGAUGGGAUCAACUUAGUAAUUGGAAUAGUACUGCAGUGGAUGUUAUGAGUAUUUUGGGAAGUUUAAUUUUAGUCUUAAUUUUUCAAAAUCUGUUAAUUUCAUUUAUGAAUGGUACGUUUACACAAGCUGAUAUGGCAGGUCAAAACGCUGCCCGAAGGUAUAGGGCUGAAAUGAUUUGUGAUUACGAAACUUUAGAAAAACCAUUGGGCAGUAAAAGAGGAAAUCCUCGGUACAUUUAUUUCAUUGCUAACAAUGAUGCUAUUGAUAAAUGGUUAAAUGAAAAUAAAGUUUACCAACAAAAAUGUUUGCCAGCCCACGCCGAAAGUGAUGACGAUUUAUUCAAUAUUAAAAAAAGAGAUAUUUCAAAUGGUUCAAGCGAUUCUGGAGGGUCUCUUAAUAUGAAUGGCAGUCAUUUUUUACUUGAUGAAGAAAAUUAUAAAUCAAAAUCUACAUAUAUACUCAAAACUUUUGACAUUAAUGGGAAAAAAUUGAAAAAUACAUCAAUUAAAUUCCAUUCAAAAGAAAAUAGUUAUGAAAAUUUACCAUCAACUGACGCUAAUUAUCAUAUUGAUAUGUUUUCUGCGUCACGUUCGAAUCCACAAUUACCCGUUCUCAUCGAACAGAAUCCUACAACUAAUUUUGAUAUGAGUGAACUACUAGAUAAAAUUAGUAAACGACUUAAAACUUUGGAGGAUGGAAUGGGUAGUAAGGAUAAAAAUAAAAGUAAAGAGUUUGAAAACAGAUUUAAGACAAUGGAACGAAAUGUUAACACUAUUUUACUUAAGCUCAACCAAUUAUCCAUUUGA